UCCAGACGCUGGUCCCCUUACAGUCUGCGAGCUAUGAUAGAGACCUCCGUCCGGAUACUAAGAAUUUGCAUGGUUCUGCUGCUGCUUGGGCCAAACCUCCUGAACUGCCAGCACAACGCACAGCACAGAAAGGUUCCUCAGAGGAUAGAGCCCCAGCAGGACCCUCUUGCUGGGGAGGGGGAAGCGUCGGGCUCCUGGGGUCCCUGGGGACCCUGGGCAUCCUGCUCCCGCACGUGUGGGGGAGGGGUGCAGGAGCAGACCCGCACCUGCCUGCCAGCAUACACCCGCCCUCCCCCUUACCCCCCUGCCCUCCCUCCACUGUCCUCUGGCCAUGUGGUAUCAGCCCUGCGCCCCUCUGUCCCCCUGCACCGAGACACGGGACAUCCCCUCUACUCAAACGGGACGCGCCCGGGCAGCCACAGAGACCCGAGGGUCCUUCAGCGAGACCCCCGCCCCGGUCGCAGGAGGGGCGGAGAAAAGCACAUCGUCCCUGGGAAGUAUGGCUACGGGAGGAUGCCCUAUGUCGUGCCCCUGCAGACGGACACUGGCCAGGGCCAGGGUGGCUCCCGAACCCGUAGCCGGCGGCACACUCCCCCGGGCGGCCCCCAGACAUCAGCCCAGCACAGGGGCCACCAGCAGCCCUACGGAAAGUUCAGCCCUGCCUACAGCUACGACGUCACCCGCCACCGGCCCCACACGCCCCAGCCCAGGACACACCCGGCCCGGGCCUCCCUCUACCAGCCCGACCCGGCCCACAAUUCCCAGCGUGACCCUCAUACCAGCGGCAUGCCCUAUGGGGGGUCUCCUCAGCAGCCUGGACCCCUCAGCCCCCUGCCUGUGACGGCCUGCACAGGAGCCGAGAAACGAUACAAAAUGUGCAACAUUAACUCCUGUCCCCCAGCUAGCAAGAGCAUCAGAGAGGCGCAGUGCUCUUCUUACAACAGCCACCCCUUCAUGGGCCGACUGUACCAGUGGGAGCCUUUCAACGAAAUUCGAGGGGAUCAGCACUGUGAGCUGAACUGUCGGGCCAUCGGUUUCCGUUUCUACGUGCGACAGUCGGAGAAAGUUAUUGACGGGACACCAUGCGGCGAGAAUGAGACGUCUGUCUGCGUGGACGGGAAGUGUCAGACUCUGGGCUGUGAUGAGUACCUGGGCUCAGGUAAAGUGUUGGACAAGUGUGGAGUGUGUGGCGGGGACAACUCAACCUGCAGGGUGGUCUCCGGGAUCUUCAAGCACCCCCUGACGAAGGUGGGUUACCACAAGAUUGUGGAGAUCCCCGAAGGGGCCACCAAGAUCAACGUCACCGAGAUGAUCAAGAGCCGAAAUUAUCUGGCUUUGCGCAGUCGAUCGGGACGCUCCAUCAUCAAUGGAAACUGGGCCAUCGACCGGCCAGGGAAGUACGAGGGGGUGGGCACCAUGUUCACCUACCGCCGGCCCAAUGAGAUCACCAACACUGCGGGGGAGUCCUUCCUGGCCGAGGGGCCCACCAACGAGAUCCUGGAUGUCUAUAUGAUCUAUCAGCAGCCUAAUCCUGGAGUGCAGUACGAGUACAUUCUCCCCAUCGAAAACCCAGCCGCUCCACAGUUCCCAACCAGUCCGCAGUACCCAAACAAUCCGCAGUACCCAAACAAUCCGCAGCUCCCUCCCGACACCAGGCCCAGCGGGAACACUCUGAAUGGCCAGGGUGGGUAUGUUCAUCCCAGCAACCCAAGCCAGGAAGGGUACGACCACACCGGCAGGGACAGGUACCCUUCCCAGAUCCCCGACAACCAGGUGCCAGCGGCCCAGCCGCCCAGGCGACAGCGGGAGCACAACUGGAAACCCGUGGGCAGCACGGACUGCAGCGCCUCCUGUGGCCGAGGUACCAGGCACACAGUGUUCCGCUGCGUCCACAGGGUCACCCACGAACAGGUGACAGACAGCCUGUGUGACGGUGCCACCAGGCCAAACCCACAGGAGGAGCCCUGCAAUGUACAGCCCUGCCCUGCUUUCUGGGACAUCGGCGAGUGGUCCGAGUGCAGCAAGACCUGUGGCCUGGGCAUGCAGCACCGGCAGGUGCUAUGCAGGCAGGUGUACGCCAACCGCACCCUGAACGUGCAGACCAGCCGCUGCCAGCACCUGGAGCGGCCCGAGACCACCAGCACCUGCCAGCUGAAGAUCUGCAGCGAGUGGCAGAUCCGCACCGAGUGGAGCACCUGCUCGGUGCCCUGUGGCGUGGGGCAGAAGUCUCGGGAGGUGCGCUGUGUCAGCAACGUGGGCGACUUCGUGGCGGACGAGGAGUGCAACAUGAAACUGCGGCCCAACGAUGUGGAGAACUGCGACAUGGGCCCCUGUGCCAAGAGCUGGUUCUUCACAGAGUGGAGCAGCCAGUGCUCCGCUGAGUGCGGAUUGGGGGUGCGGACCCGGAAUGUUCUGUGUCUGACCAAUCACGUCAGCAGCCUGCCCCUGGAGGGCUGCGGGUCAGAGCGCCCUCCGACGACCCAGGCGUGUAACAACGGCCCCUGUGACAGUCACAUAGAGUGGUACACUGGACCGUGGAGUCAGUGCUCUGCGGAGUGCGGCCCGGGCAGCCAGCAGAGGGAGGUGGUGUGCCUGAUGAAGUCAGACGAGGGCUUCAGCGUGCUGCCACCCUACGAGUGCUCCUCCCUGGACCGGCCCCUGAGCCAGCAGAGCUGCCAGCUCAAGGCCUGCGGGGCCAAGUGGUACCACACAGACUGGAGCGCUUGCUCAAAGACAUGCGAGGGGGGGUUCCGGGUGCGAGAGGUGCGCUGUCUCUCAGACGACAUGCUGUCCAGCGAGGAAUGCGAGGCGCAGCUGCGGCCGGAGGAGCGGGAGCCCUGCAACCCCGAGCCGUGUGUGCCGCAGAUAGACGAGAACUGCCGGGACAAAUACUUCAACUGCAACGUGGUGGUGCAGGCCCGCCUGUGCGUCUACAACUACUACAAGGCGGCGUGCUGUGCGUCCUGCACGCGCGUGGCCCAGCGGCAGCCGGCCUACCGUGGGCGCAGAUAACCCCCUCUCCUGCGCCCUCCCCCCCCC